UUUGUGAAAAAUGGAAAGUUGUAUUGAAAAUACGAUACCCCAUGUCGAAGAGCCUGAAAAAGUAGAAAAAGUUACUUUGGAUGCAGAACAAGCCAAAGGACAGGAGCCAACAUUGAGUAAACGUCAACUUAAAAAAAUAAAGAAAUUAGAAAAAUGGUUGAAAAUAAAGCCAGAAAAGAGGUUAAAAGAAAGGGCCAAGGCAAGAGAAAAAAGAGCCAUUGCUAAAGCAAAUAAUCUCGAUUGCGGCCCAUCCAGAAAGUAUCUAAAAACGUGUACAAUGUCAGAUAGUCCAUGCAAACUCAACGUAACAAUUGAUUUGUCCUUUGAUGACUAUAUGAUAGGCAAAGACAUUGCUAAAUUGAUCAAACAGAUUUUGAGAUGUUACACUUUGAACAGGCGAGCUAUUGCACCCUUGCAAUUUUCUCUAAGUAGUUUUGAAGGAAAAUCUUUGGUAGAAAUGAAAAAACAUAACGGUUACGAGAAUUGGGAUGUGUUAUUCUAUGAAAAACAUUAUUUGAGUGUUUUUCCAAAAGAGAAAAUUGUAUACUUGACAAGUGAAUCGGAAAAUGUUAUAGAAGACUUAAAUCACGACCAUGUGUACGUCAUUGGUGGACUUGUUGAUCAUAAUCAACAUAAGGGUCUGUGCCAUAAAUUAGCUGUCGAAAAAGAUGUAAAACAUGGCAGACUGCCUCUUGAUAAAUUUUUGCAGAUGAAAGCAAGAAAAGUAUUAACCGUCGAUCAUGUUUUUGAAAUAAUAUUGAGGGUUGCCGAGGGUAAAACCUGGCAGGAAGCCUUUUUACAAGUUUUGCCUGAACGUAAAAAUGCUCAGCCAGUCACUAAUAGUCAAAUUUCAAAUGAUUUAGAAGAUUCUCAAGAAUCUAUACAGUCAACGGUUGAGGAUAUGAAUGAGUCAGUAAAAAACAAUUGAUCGUUUUUCGUUGAAACUGAGUAUAAAAAAAAAAAAAAAAAGUUUAUCAAAUUUAGAGACUGUUUAUAUUCCUUAUA